AUUUAUUUAUUUAUUAAUUUAUUUUUUUACAAUAAAUGCCUUCUACUUGUUAUAAUAGAAAGAUAGAAUCAAGUGCUGACUUGACUCUAGAAACUUUAAACUACUUGAAUGACUAUUUGAAAACAUUAGAGCCAAAUGAGAUACUUGAAUGGGCCAUCCAUCAUUUACCUAAUCUUUAUCAAACUACUGCCUUUGGCUUGACGGGUCUUGUUAUCUUGGAUCUUAUCCAUCAAAUAAGUAUAAAGAUGGAUUAUGACCAACAGCAACAGCAACACCUUAUUCCUCUUAUCUUUCUCGAUACGCUUUAUCAUUUUAAAGAAACUCUCAAUCUCGCUGAUCAUUGUCAACGUCUCUAUCAGGUACCUCUUCUCAUCUAUCGUCCUGUUCAUAAUCACAAUACAGUAACUGAAUUUGAAGCCGAGUUUGGUCAACAGCUCUGGCUGAAGGAUGAAGAUAGCUAUGAUUACCUUGUCAAAGUUGAACCUGCGCAUCGUGCCUAUGAAGAAAACCAUGUCAUGUCAAUUAUCACAGGACGUCGACGUAGUCAAAGGGGGGAUCGUGAAGGCAUCCCUAUCUUGGAAGUCGAUAGUACAGGUCUGAUCAAGUUAAAUCCUUUGGCUUAUUGGGAUUUUAAACAGGUGUGGUCCUAUAUUGAUGCACAUCAGGUACCUUACAAUGCCUUGGUCGAUCAGGGCUAUCGUUCAAUUGGUGAUUGGCAUUCAACACAUUCCCCUAGUCAUGAUGGAGAAGAAGAAGAAGAUGAAAAUGAAAGAUCAGGUCGUUGGGUCGGUCAGCAAAAGACAGAGUGUGGUCUACAUAAGGACUACUUUAAGAUGCGGUCUGCUUUUAUGGCAUCCAAAAAGAAAAGAGAAACUCAGCAACGACAACCUCAACAAAAUGCUAUUACUGCCUGAAGAAACAUACAUACACACAUACAUACAUACACACACACAUAUAUAUAUAUAUAUAUAUAUACAUGUAUAAAUAUAUACAUAAUCUAGUUUAUUUAUUCUUUAUUUUUAACAUCUGUUUAACUACAU